UACAAAACCAGAAAUUUAACCAUGGACUUUUAGAAACUGAUUAUCCCCAAGUAGAAAAUAUUCGUCAGCAAAUUAAAGAGCAAACCCAAAAACUUCAACAAAAAAAGCAGGAUUUAUGCCAAAAAACCAGAGAUUUUAUUAAUGAAUACUUUCCCGAAACAGAAAAAGAGACUUGA